CCAGGGCCUAGCGUCAUCCUGCUUGAUCCCCCUCCUUACUGGCUCUGCUGUGACUGUCCAAUACCGGUGUCCCUUACUGGCAGGCUGCGGAGGAGGCCGGGACCGGGAGAGUAGAGAGACAUCAUGUCAUCUAGUGAUGGUACAAAUGGACCAAGUCAACCAGGACUUUUCCCUAAUGGGCCACAAUUGAUGAGAGCACCGUUUAUGAAUCCAGUUGCCCACUUCCCAGGUGUGGGAAUGGCGGGAAUGGCAGGAUUAGCAGGACUGGCUCCGCGAGCAAGUGUGGUGCCUCCUGGGAUGAUCCCUCCUUUGAUGGGACCAUUAGGACAUCAAAUGGGACAGAUGCCUUCAUUGCUACCUCCUCCACUCAUGUCAGGAAUGAUGAUGACCACCCAUGUUUCGGCAGGGGGUUUACAAACAGGCAUGCAGGCUGCUGUAAACAGUAUGGAUGCCCAACUUGCACAAACAUCUGUUACACAGGCAGCACACCCUAGUGUUGCAGCACAAGCCAUUAUGACAAAUAACUCGGCCAAUGAAGAACAGACUAAAAAGAAGUCUGUCUGGACUGAACAUAAAUCACCUGAUGGUAGGACAUACUUUUAUAAUAUUGAGACAAAACAGUCUUCAUGGGAGAAACCUGAUGACCUAAAAACGCCUACUGAGCUACUGUUAUCCAAAUGCCCCUGGAAAGAAUUCAAAUCCGAUUCUGGGAAACCAUACUUUUACAAUUCUCAAACAAAGGAGUCACGAUGGGCUAAACCCAAAGAACUUGAAGACCUUGAAGCAUUGAUUAAAGCUGAGGAAAGUAGCACUGUUAAGGAAGAUGCAGCAGCCAUCCAGCCUGUCCCUGUAGCUGCCCCUGAAGUAAUUGUAGCCCCCAAUGCUGUAGUGAUUGCUGAACCAGAGGUCCCUGUUGCUGCUCCUGUAACGACAGCUGUAGAACUUGAGAACCAGAUUGCAGAAUCUGCUGAAGAACAGUCCCAUGCAGUCACUUCUUCCAUCCAAGAAAAAGAUGCAGAAGUUAGCAGCAGCGGUGUAGUAGAAGAGGUUGCUAAACCAGAUGCAGAGCCUGCUCCCACAGAGGAGAAAGAAGAAGAAAAACCUGUUAAAAAGACCUACACCUGGAACACAAAAGAGGAAGCAAAGCAAGCUUUUAAAGAACUUCUUAAAGAAAAGCGUGUUCCGUCAAAUUCUUCUUGGGAGCAAGCUAUGAAAAUGAUAAUUAACGAUCCUCGAUACAGUGCAUUAGCAAAAUUAAGUGAAAAAAAACAAGCAUUUAAUGCCUACAAGGUCCAGACAGAGAAAGAGGAGAAAGAAGAUGCAAGGUUAAAAUAUAAAGAAGCAAAAGAAGCUUACCAGAGAUUUCUUGAAAAUCAUGAAAAGAUGACCUCUACAACCAGAUACAAAAAAGCAGAACAGAUGUUCAAUGAAUUUGAAGUAUGGAAUGCCAUAUCUGAACGUGACCGUCUCGAGAUCUAUGAAGAUGUUAUGUUUUACCUUGCAAAAAAAGAAAAGGAACAAGCAAAACAGUUAAGAAAGAGGAAUUGGGAAGCCUUGAAAAAUAUAUUGGAUAAUAUGGCAAAUGUAACAUACUGCACCACAUGGUCAGAAGCUCAGCAAUAUCUAAUGGACAAUCCAACGUUUGCGGAGGAUGAGGAGCUUCAGAAUAUGGAUAAGGAAGAUGCACUUAUUUGUUUCGAACAACACAUAAGGGCUUUGGAAAAAGAAGAGGACGAUGAGAAGCAGAAAGGAUCGCUCAGGGAUAAAAGGCGACAGCGCAAAAACAGAGAAUCUUUUCAGGUAUUUUUGGAUGAAUUACAUGAACAUGGACAGCUACAUUCCAUGUCCUCUUGGAUGGAAUUGUACCCUACUAUUAGUUCAGACAUCCGGUUUGCCAACAUGCUUGGUCAGCCAGGGUCAACAGCACUAGACCUUUUCAAAUUUUACGUGGAGGGUCUUAAGGCUCGAUACCACGAUGAAAAGAAGAUCAUAAAAGAUAUUUUAAGGGAUAAAGGUUUUAAUGUUGAGCUCAGUACCACUUUUGAAGACUUUGUAAUGGUCAUCAGUUCAACCAAAAGAGCUACUACCUUAGAUGCUGGCAACAUCAAACUCUCUUUUAACAGUCUUCUGGAGAAAGCAGAGGCACGUGAACGAGAGCGAGAAAAGGAAGAGGCUCGAAAAAUGAAACGUAAGGAAUCUGCUUUCAAGAGCAUGUUAAAGCAAGCUGCACCUCCUAUUGAAAUGGAUUCUGUGUGGGAAGAGGUUCGGGAGAGGUUUGUUAAAGACCCUGCAUUUGAAGAUAUUACAUUAGAAUCUGAGCGCAAGAGGAUAUUCAAAGACUUUGUUUAUAUGCUUGAGCAUGAGUGUCAGCAUAAUCAUUCAAGAAAUAAAAAACAUGCAAAGAAAGCUAAAAAGCAUCAUAGGAAGAAGUCGCGAUCACGUUCGGGCUCUGAAUCUGAGGAUGAUGACGAAAGCCACACAAAGAAAAAAAGGCAAAGAUCAGAUUCUCGGUCAGGAUCUGAACAUUCCUCAAAUGGAGAAUCUGAAAAAAGCUAUAAAAAGUCAAAAAAGCACAAGAAGAAAAGCAAAAAGAAGAGACACAAGUCUAAUUCCCCAGAAAGUGAUGGAGAAAAGGAAAAAGACAAAAAAGAAAAAGAGAGGGAACGAGAGCGAGAUCGAGAAAAGGAAAGAGAGAGUGAAAAGGACAGAGCAAAGCAAAGGUCUGAUUCAAAACACAGAUCUCCCAAAAGAAAAACAAGAAAGGACUCUGGUAAUUGGGACACUUCUGGAAGUGAACUAAGUGAAGGAGAAUUAGAAAAACGGCGAAAAACCCUCUUAGAACAACUGGAUGAUGAUCAAUAAGAAUGUUUCAAAACCAAAUAAGUUUACAUGUAAUAAUUGCCUAAUAUGAAUUAAUAACCGGGAAUUGUUCUGUUAAGUAAAAACACUUGGCUUAAAACUGCUGCUGUUUGUACAAACAAAAAACUCCAUUGGAGAGGACUUGGACGUCUUUCCAAAGUAUAAAAACCCAGCUGUAAAUCUUAGUUUUCAAAGUGUUGCCUUAAGAACUUAAUAAUGGAAUGUGCCACACAAUUUUAUGUGACUGGUGCAAUGUACUUGUCUAGAACCUAAAAAUUUGGCUUUGAAUGGGGGCGGAUGAACUGUAAUUGAAACACAAUCCUAUUUUUUUAUUUGUUUUGUUUUAUUCACAGUAUAUUCCACUUGUUUCAGUUAUUUCUGUGUAAACAUUUCUGAUUUGGAAUAUUUUUGUACAUUUUAUGAAGUAUUAAAACAUUGUCUUUUUAGUUUUGUGCUAGUAUUUAUUCAGGAAUUGACCAGAAUGUAACAUCAUCUAAGCAACCGGUCUUCGAAUAAAAAAACAAUGGUGUCCAAUGAUAUGUUGACUAAGUUAAAUGUUCAUUUAUGUCUCAGUACUGGGAGUGGCUUUUAAGUCAUACUUCCACUGCCAGUGACACGAUUUAAAAAUGCAGAUGACCAAUUAUUGCCAUUUUAUGCAUUUAUAAACUGUUUAAUUUGAUGCCAAACUAUAUAUAUUUGGUCUUUUUGUUACUGGAAAUACAAUAUAUAAUUUGCUCUGUGUUUUACAUGGAUGUAUAUAUGAAUACAAAGCACAGCAGAUUUACCUGUAUUCUUUAAUACAGUUUUCAAUAAUUUUUGUUGAAACAAUUAUUAAAAUGGAAGACCUCUUUGUAAUA